ACGGUGUUCCUCCGGCAGAGUACGAAGACUGUCUCCAGAGACAUCAGGUUUACUUCAAAAGCUGUAGUCCUACCUGGAAGAAUGUAGGCCUUCACGUGUGUGAAACAGAGAAUGGCGGGAAUAUCAAGUCAUCCAAAGGAAGUAUUUCUGCCACAUGUUUGCGUCUGUCGUGAUUCUGUUGACGUAGGUAGCAAGAGGAGGUUAUUAUCUCAAGUGACAAGCUCUUGAAGAGCAUCGCUCCGUGGCGUUAGUUUCUGUAUCAUUAUUAUUAUUAUAAUGUAUCAUGUCACGGCUUCAGUAAAGGACAUAAAGUCAAUGUUUUGGGUCAUUGAAGGUCCUUAUGUGGUGAUAAUCUGAAAGAAUUAUUGUUUAUACGAAGUGAAUCUUGAAGUGGAUUGAGGAUGAUAUGUUUGCUACCUCAGGUCAAAGCAGAAAUAAAUUUGAUCUCCAAAAUAAAAUGCGUCUUCUAAUGGAGUAAAGUGUUAUCAUGAAGUAAAGUUUACUGAAGUGUAUCCUCGAGACUGUCGUGGGAAAGUCUGACUUGUGAGGUGGUUCAGCAGUGAGCAGUCACCAUGAACGCCACGCUUCUGCUGGAUUACGAUGUCAAUGACACCUUUCCCCUCAACUGCUCCUACCUCAACGUCACUGACCCCGAGUUUGCGCGGAACUGCACCCUUGGAGUGUUUACUGGCGAUGUAUCGCCCAUUCACAUGGUAGCCAACUUGGUGAUGCAGGCCUGUUACGCUGUCGCCUUCCUGGUGGGUCUGUGUGGCAACACUCUCGUCAUUUACGUAGUUACCAGGUUCUCUAACAUGCAAACGGUCACCAAUCUGUACAUCGUCAACCUGGCCAUAGCCGACGAGCUCUUCGUUAUUGGGAUUCCGUUUCUCAUGAUCACUUCAGCUCUGGGCUACUGGCCCUUCGGAUCCAUCAUGUGCAAGCUGUACAUGAUCACCACGUCGCUCAACCAGUUCACCAGUUCCCUCUUCUUGACCAUCAUGAGCGCUGAUCGCUACAUCGCCGUCUGCCACCCUAUCAGCUCGCCGAAGUUCCGUACACCAAUGAUUUCCAAACUGGUUUCCCUGACGGCCUGGACCACGUCUGCCCUCAUGAAUGUGCCAGUUUUCGUUUAUUCCAACACGCUCAAAGUCAAUGACCUCAUAAACUGCAACAUUUUCUGGCCCGACAGCUUUGGCAUCAGUGGCCAGUUUGUUUUCACAAUGUAUUCCUUCAUCCUCGCCUUUGGCAUACCUCUCAUCCUCAUCUUGAUAUUUUACAUACUGGUGCUGCAUAAACUCAAGUCGGUUGGUCCUAAAGCCAAGUCCAAAGAGAAGAAGAAGAGCCACAGGAAGGUGACGAAGAUGGUGUUGACGGUGAUCACCGUGUACGUCAUGUGUUGGCUGCCCUACUGGGUGUUGCAGCUGGUGCUGAUCUUCAGUCCCCCCAGGGAGGGACAGAGCCCCUUCAUGGUUAUCCUCUUUCUCAUUUCCUCAUGUUUAUCCUACAUUAACUCUGCCAUCAACCCCAUCCUGUACGCCUUCCUCAGUGACAACUUCAAGAAGAGCUUCCUGAAGGCGUGCACCUGUGCCGCCAGGAAGGACGUCAACAGCUCCUUGACGGUAGAGAACUCUGUUUUCCCUCGGCGUCGAGGACACAAGAGCGCCAAGAUGCGCGAAAUCGAGUCAAAUGACGCCUUCACGACGCAGUGCACCAGAGAUGACACCACCACCGCCAUCAGCAUGACCACCCGCACAGCCCUCAGUCAAGCGGCCAAGGAAAAUGGUACGGAGAUUCCCACCUCUCAGCUCUGAAGUCCCUGCUGAAACAUUAACCCUUGUUGCAGACGUCUCUCCCAACACUUGCAGGUGAGGUGCCUGAGUGCAGCCCCAAGACCGAGUGAACUGAAGCGCUGAACUAAAUUUUCAGGGCACAGGUUCAUUAUUUAUUUCACCUAGGUGUGUAUUGUGACCUUCGGGUUUAACCUGUAACAGUGAUAAACAAGGUGUUAG